UAAAAUGGAAAGUAUUUCUGGUUCGAUUUAUCUUGAAAACCCCAAAAAAGAAACUGAUCCUAAUAUAUUAGAAGAUGAAGAUACUCAAAAAUUUGAAGGUCUUUCAUUCAUGAUUAAGUUAACAACAAUUCAAGGUUCAAGAAAUUCUGCUCGUUUAUUUUUUAUUAAUGAAGAAAACAAUGAAAAAGAAUCUCCAAUUCCUUCUGAGAUUAGGGUCAUUGAUAAUACUAUUUUUUCAACACCUUUUACUGUUUCUCCUUUUCCUGGAACAAAUUCAUUUUUAAUUGAUCAUUUACAUAGAUAUCAAGUUUAUUACAAUAAUCAAUGUAUUUAUCAUAUCUAUUCUGAAAAAAAAUUUGUUAUUCAUAAUGAUCGUAAACCUUUGCAAUAUUUUUAUAACCCUUAA